AUGAAGCUGUCUGACUACCAGCUGCACCAGCUGUCCAUUGCUGGGCGGACGGCCUCUGCGCUGUCGCUCCUGGGCGUGGCCACCAUCUUUGUGACCUUUUGCUACUCCCCGAACUUCCGCAGCCCGACGCAUCGGAUCAUGCUCAUCAAUGCAUUCUACAACCUGUUCGACUUUAUCGCCACGAUGAUAUCCGUCAGCGGGCCACUUGCCGGGGAUGAGUCGGGGCUGUGCCGCUUCCAGGCCUUCUGCCUGCAGAUGUUUCCCGUUGCCGAUGUCCUUUGGACGCUCGCCAUGACCAUCGACGUGGUCCUCGUCGUCUUCCACCACUACGAGCCCGAGGCGCUCCGCAGGCUGGAGAAGAAAUACUUUGCAAUCAUCACGACAUUGACCUUCGUUCCGGCACUCGCCUUCCUUUUCGUCCGCAGUGUAGAAAAGGGCCCCUUGUACGGGAGUGUGACGUUCUGGUGCUCGAUCUCUCCCAACUGGGUGCUUUUCCGCGUAAUAUUCUACUAUGGGCCGAUAUGGCUCGUUAUUAUUCUUGUCUUCGUGCUGUAUCUUGUCAUCGCUCGCGAGAUCUUUAAACUGAGGCAUGAGUUGAUGCUCACUCGCAACGACUGUCUGGUCCUGUCGUCUACGGCCUCUGCAAGCAAUGGUUCUUUCGUACGGACUCAGGGUGAAAAUGAUGCGAAGAGUUUUGAGAUCCGUCGCCAUCAGUCAGGCGUAUCACUGCGCAAAUUCCUCCUCAUGCCUUUUCUCUUCUUCCUCGCCCUGUUAACGACAUGGGUUGCAGCAACAAUUAAUCGCAUCUACGCAUUCAGGUACCCUGGGCAGGAACCCUACGGACUUAUGGUGAGCGUCGCUGCGCUUAAUUCUCUACGAGGGUUCUGGAACGGCAUCAUCUUCGUCACAAUGCGCUCGAAAGGGCGGCGAUAG